AUGCAAACAGACGUCGUACCCCGGCGAGAGAAAUUCAAUGACGUCUAUCCCGACCUGACAGUCGACGAAGCAAGUGACAUUGAUCAGGAUAUGACGACCGACGAAGAAGGUCUUGAUAUCGAUGACUCAGAGCUCCAAGCUAUUCUCAAAGAAGAGCAGAGCCUAAGCACAUCUCUUGCCAAAGCGCAGGAUGAUAAAUCGGCGUCUCUGUUUGUGUUGCAGUUUCUUGUCGGCUAUGGGAAGAGUAUUGACUCGACUACUUCUGAUCCAACUAAGUUGAAUGAUUUUCUGCAGAUGUAUCUUCAGCAGAGGAAGACGGAGGGGGAUCGGGCGAGGGAUACGGAGGUUAAGAUUGCUGAUGGUGAGAAGGCGCUUGAGGGGAUUAAGAGGAAGAGGGAGAGGUUGGAGUCGGCUCAUACUAAGGCCAAGCAGGCUGCGUUGAAGGAGGUUCGACGGGCUCGUGAGAAACGCGUGAGAGAACGGCAGGAACGACGGGCUCAGCAGAAGCGGGAUAUUAAGGAGAAGAAAAUGUUUUGGACGGACCUUGUCGGGCAGGUCAAGGUCUAUCUUGAUGGACACGUGUCGGCUACUCCGGGGUCUAGUCGGCGCAGCUCGGUAACUGAGAAUGUUACAUGUGGUGGACAGCCCAUUGAAGUUACCAUGAACCUGACGUAUAUCGUUCCUGGUCCGAACUGGGUGCCUCGGUAUAACUUGAAGAUCAAUACCCCGGCGUCCACCGCAGCGUUGGUCUAUAACGCAGAUUUCCAGAAUAAAAGUUCAGAGACCUGGAAAGACGCUAAGGUCACUCUUUCAACGUCGCAUGCAGCCUUCUCAGGGCUUGACGAAUCGAUUCCCAUUCUCCAGCCCUGGCACGUUACAACCUGCUCGAUCUCGGACCCUAAAUCAAUUUCAUGGCAGGAUGUUCUGCGAAGUCCGGCUGAGAAAAAUCCCAACGCUAUGGCGACCAACAAGGAUCCGUAUCAGGCAGCCAUUGACGCCCAAAAACGCGCUCGCGCACAUAUUAUGGCCAGCGCACGAAGUGCGCAAGAGUCCGGCACAUCUCCAAACGCGCAGCAGAUGCAACAACAAGCUAUGCAACAACAAGCUAUGCAACAACAAGCUAUGCAACAACAAGCUAUGCAACAACAAGCUAUGCAACAACAAGCUAUGGCACAACAAGCUCCAGCAGCAAGGCGUGGGCAAGGGGCGGCACGCUCGGCAUCGUUCACACCACGGCAGGACUCUCGCCAUUCAUGGGUCCCCUCAGCCCGGAGAGCACUGGGAUGGGGCACUAAUGCUGAUGAAGAGGAGAAUGAGGAAGCGGAUGACAGCGACAAUGACACUCAAAGUAUCGCAUCGCCUAGCCUAGAGCGACAGGAUUCGGUUCCACAAAACUACGGGCUGACCACCACGUAUGAACUUUCUGGUCUCCGCACACUGGUUCCCUCCACCAGCCAUCGGCGCCACCUUAUUGCCCAGUCAACUCUGCAGUCAUUGACCCUCACGCAUGUAAUCGUUCCGAAGAUUCGGGCUGCUGCAUUCCUUCGUGCUCGGGUCCAGAAUACCUCGUCGGUUAAUAUUCUGCGCGGAAAGACUGGUAUAUCCGUUGAUGGGACCUUCCUGGGGACGUCUACACUGCCCAGUUGUGUACCGAAUGACUUCUUCAAUAUUUCCCUUGGGGUUGACCCCAAUGUUCUGGUGACAUAUGCCAAGCCAACGGUUCGGAAACUCUCUACUGGAUAUAUCAGUAAGGAAAAAGCUGCAGUGUUUCGUCGGAGCUGCUGGGUGAAGAAUACGAAGAGUACGGCGGUUGAUAUGAUCGUUUCGGAUCAGAUUCCGCUCAAGGAUAAUGAACAGAUGAGGAUCCAGGUACUAGAGCCCAAAGGCUUGGAGAAGGAAGGUAGUGAGGUGGACAUGGCGCUGGAAAGGGAUAGGGGUAAGGGGAAGGCAGUGAUGAUGAGGAACGGCGAGGUUAAGUGGUUCGUUAAAUUGGAGCCUGGCAAGGAUGUUCGGAUGGUGUUGGAAUAUAAUGCUAAGGUGCCCGAUGGAAAUGCGGUGGUUACGGCUACUUGA